AGUUCUUAAAGUCCAUAUUCGAUGGUGUCUGAUGGAAAUAGUACGACGAUUGGCAGCUAUUCGUUUCCAUUUGGGGAACAGCCGGACGAGCGGACUCGCACAUGGCCGCUGGUCGAAUCGCUCUGGAAUGUGCCCAUUCUGCUGGCCUUCUAUCUGCUGAUGGUACUUUAUGGGCCCAAAUGGACAGCCAGGAACAAGCCGCUGCAGCUGCGAGUGCCAUUGUUCUGCCACAGUUUGGCCAUGGCCCUGCUGAAUGCCCACAUUUGCCUAGAGCUCUUCAUCUCAUCGCGGACCCUCGACUAUAGCUUCGGUUGUCAGCCGUGUCUGGUGAGCUAUAGCCCACAUGAAAUGCGUAUUGCCGCGGCCCUUUGGUGGUUCUACAUCUCAAAAAUACUGGAAUUCGCCGACACGGCCUUUUUCAUCCUGCGCCAUAAGUGGAAGCAGCUGAGCUUCCUCCACGUAUACCACCAUAGCACCAUGUUGAUCUUGUGCUGGGUCUUCGUCAAGUGGAAGCCAACGGGUUCGACUUUUGUUCCGGCAAUGAUGAACUCCUUCGUGCACAUUAUUAUGUAUGGCUAUUAUGCUCUGAGUGUCCUGGGUCCUCGAAUUCAGCCAUACCUUUGGUGGAAGCGCUAUUUGACCGGUCUUCAGCUGCUGCAGUUCACCAUUGGCUUGGUCUGGGCAGCGCAGUUAGUUAUCCGUGGCUGCGAGUACGGGACCUGGAUAAGUUUGUCGGGAGGUGCCUACAUGGUACCCUUCCUCUUCCUCUUUGGCAGAUUCUAUGCUCAAAAUUACAAGGUAUCAGCAGAUACCAAAAAAGCGAUGUGAACCAAUUAAUAAUUGUUACACAAGGAAAUAAAAACUCUUAAUCACACUCGUUAUUUAUGCAAAGCAAA